UGCCGAGUGCCGACCCGACUGCGCACCGUCGUGGCGACUCCCUCGGCCUCUCGCCGACCGCCACGUGCCAUCGGAUCCGAUCCAGCCAAACCGAACUUUGCUAAAACAAGCAAAAGCCGCGCACUCUCUCGUCACCCCGCGCCCGACCGGUGGACCCGCCCCCACAUCCCCGGACCCCCGCCGGCGCCGCCCGCGAUGCUCCGCGCCGCCAUCUCGCGCCUCGGCGCCCACCUGCACCGCCAGCCCUCCCCGGCGACGCCUCCCCUCCGCGCCCUCUCCACCGGCCGCGGCAAGCGCUCGUCCCCCACCGCGCCGCCCCCCGAGCCCGAGGACGAGGGCCUCAUGCGCGGCCUCUUCGUGCUCUCCCGCGACCCCGCGCACCCGCCGCGCCUGCUGGUGGUGCAGCCGCGCCUCCGCCGUGGCGCCCUCCUCGACUCCAAGCUCUCCGAGGCGCUCAACCUCGCCAGUUCCCUCGAGGAGUCCCGCGACGGCUUCGAGCACGCCGAGUCCGCCGCCAAGGGCGCGCCGCCGCACCUCGUCGUCCAGAACCCAGCCUCCCGCGGCCGCAACCAUGCUGAUACGUAUUUUGGACCUGGAACUGUGGAUAAUAUCAAGUGUUACCUGAGGGCAUUGGACGAAAAGGAAGAAUUAGAUGCAGUUUUUGUUAAUACGCUCCUCUCUGGGGUCCAACAGAGGAACUUGGAGGUUGCCUGGGGAAAGCCAGUUUUAGAUCGUGUGGGCCUUAUAAUUGAGAUAUUCAAUGCUCAUGCUGAAACAAAGGAAGCAAAGCUACAGUCAGAGUUAGCAGCUCUCAUGUACAUGAAGACUAGGCUUGUCCGUGUCCGCGGCCCAGGUGGAAAACUAGCUUUUGGUGCAAGUGGGGAAGCUGAAGUUGUCAGUGCUCGAGGGAGAGGAAGUGGCGGACGGGGUUUCAUGAGUGGUGCUGGUGAAACGGAACUUCAACUACAACGCAGGAGAAUCCAAGAACGUCGUCUAAGCUUGUUAGCUCAAAUUGAAGAUGUACGCCGAACUAGGGCGAUACAACGUUCGAGUCGAAAGAGGCAUGGUGGCUCAUUUGGUCAAGACCUUGUAACUGUGGCAGUCGUUGGAUAUACAAAUGCUGGAAAAUCUACUCUAGUGAGUGCACUUUCUGGAGCUGGUCUAUACAGUGAUGAUAGAUUAUUUGCAACAGUAGAUCCUCGAUUACGCAGUGUGAUUCUUCCAUCAGGGAGAAAAAUACUUCUCAGUGAUACCGUUGGCUUCAUAUCAGAUUUGCCUGUACAGCUAGUGGAAGCAUUUCAUGCCACCCUGGAAGAAGUUGCUGAGGCAGACAUGUUAGUGCAUGUGUUGGAUUCCAGCGCACCUGAUCUUGAGGAGCAUCGUUCUACUGUUCUACAAGUACUGCAGCAAAUUGGUGUUUCACAGGAUAAGAUCAACAAUAUGAUCGAAGUUUGGAAUAAGAUUGAUCUUGUGGAUAAUAUUGCUCUGACUGAUGGGAUUGAAGACGAGAUCUUUCUUACUGAAGGUGAAGAGGAGGAAGACUUGUUCUCUGAAGAUGAUGUGUCAUCAGAGCAGUCGUCUUUUGAUUCCUUGGAUGAUACAGUGGAUUCAGAGUCUCUGUCAGAAAAAAGUUGUGAAAAUGAUGAUGAUAAAAUGGCAUCUGAAGAAUCGAUUGCUGAGCCUGUCGAGAUGAAAGCAAUGAACUCUGAACUGUUACCCGAAGAUCGUUUUAGAGAGUCUAAUGGCCCGGAAGCUAUAAGUACAAGUGCUUGCACUUUGACAGAGCCAGUAUCCACUUGUCAUGUGAAAACUUCAGCUGUGGCUGGGACAGGGUUGCAAGAGUUGCUGCAGUUAAUUGAUACGAAACUGAAUGGACAGCAAACGGUUGUGCAGAGAAGCUAUGGACCUUUUGAUAGAAAAUGGAGACCUAGUUCUAUGGAUGACGAGAAGGCUGCAGAACAGUAGCCUUUUUUUGCAGGUAAGGCUGUGUAGUCAUGUCAGUUUUAUUUAACUCUUGUAGCCUGUGCUAGAGGCUGGAGCAGUGAACAUCCUCAUGCUUUCUUACUGUAGGACCGACGAGAUUGAAGUAGUACACUUGGCUGUCCGUAUCGCAGGAAGAAGUCAAUAUAGCUACACAGGUACCACAGUGUACUUUCGACAGAAGACCGCUGUCUUAUCGUUCAUGGUCCAACAAGCAACAUAUAUACUGUAAGAUUUUGCCUAUGAAUCCAGUCUACUGUCUGUUACACAGCAGAGCAGGAAGGUCAGGAACGUUGAAGAUGGAGAAGUUAUGGUCCUGUAACAUCACUGCCUGCUGCUUGACAAUACUAGUAGCACAUCAUAUUCACUGUUCAAAAAGACAUUUAUCCUUUCAUUCAAAUGAUGUUUAUAGGAAUUUUUCCUAUUAUCUUUGUUGUUUGAUUCAUGGGACUGAGAAUUUUUCCUUAGGAUUCUUUUGUACUUAGUACAUUUCAUAAAAACUUUAGCAUCGACUCAA